CCGCCACACACUUCCACCCCCGCCGCCGGGUCCACGUACAUCUUCCGCGUCGCGACGGAGGGGACCUGCCACAUCUCCACCGAGGCGGUCCUGCGAGCUACCGCGCGCCUAACAAAACAAACCACUCUCAUCCAUUAACCCUACACCAAGCAUCUAUACGCUGAGUACGGUUAUCCAUCCGAGCUCAUUAAGCUGCGUGGCCUGAAGUGAUCUGAAGCGGAGCAGAGGCAGCUGAGCAAGCUAGCUGCUGCGCUGGUCAGAUUUAAAGUGAUCUGAAGCAAGAAAAAUGUUGUGAUUCUGCUUUCGUCAACACAUUUGCUAUCAGGUAUUUGCGCAAGAAAAUGUUCACUAGUAUCACAAUAUUUGUAUUUGUUAUUUUAGCUGGUCAGAUUGCACCGCCUGUCUUUCUGCUAAAGAUGUAUGUUUAAAAAUGUGCAUCCGCAGAGAAGAAAAAAUUCACGAUUCCAGUCAAUUAUGUUUUAGCUGGACUGUUUUCAUAGUGGCUUCAGUUACAGUAUGUUAUGAAGAUAAAUAAAAGGAAGAAUAUUCCCGUACGCCCAUAAUGAUCUUAUAUUCCAGCAUAGAGCAUAACAUGUCUCUACCCUCCACAUGCUUGCACAUGUAACUAGCUAUUGGUUACUGAAUGUUACAAGGGUAGCUCAAAAGUUCAGAAUUAACUAUACUGUUCUCAUGUGGCGUCUCAUCAAUUGCAUUAGACACUGUUGUCUUCACUUGAAUCUUCCUUGUAUAAGUUAGUUGCUAGCUUCAUGGUACUAUAUGACCUUAAUUCAUCGGUCGAUCAACCAGCAGACCUGCACGCCGCCUGGUAUGUUAUCUUUGACCUCACCUGUUGUCAUGAUCUCUCAAGCAGGCUUGCAGAUGCAUGCAACAUCCAUUUGCUAGUUAGAUGUAGAUGCAUUGCAUAUGCGACAUAUAUAUGAUGAUUUCAAUUUUCAAUGCAUGCUGUGCAGGAGAUCGAUCAAGCAAUCAAUUAAUGGAAGAAGCUGGAUGGGUGAACCGGAUGGGGCUGUUGCUGAACGUAUGGGAGAUCCGUGCAGCGGUGGUAUCGAGCUUCGUUGCUCAUAUUUUGCUCAUCCUCCUCGCCGGGAUUCGUCGGCGUAGAGCCUCUGGCGCACGGGUGCUCAUCCUUUGGGUGGCGUACCAGUUCUCCAGCUGGGUUGCUCCAUACGCCCUCAGCAACUUGUCCCUCUGCGGCGACACGUCAAGGAGGCAGCAGCUGGUCGCGUUCUGGGCGACUUUCCUCCUGCACCAUCUCGGUGGCCCGGACAACAUCAGCGCCUUGUCCCGAGAAGACAAUGAGCUCUCCAGGCGUGAAUUGUUAACUGCGGUGUCACGUAUCGGUGGAGCUAGCUAUGUCCUGUAUAAGCAUGUGUACCUCGGUGGAGGGGGCAAGGCUUUGAUCCGGGCGUCCAUAAUUAUUUUUGUCUUAGGUGCUGCCAAGUAUGUGGAGAGGGCAAUGGCGCUAUGGCGAGCUGACUUUCGCACCCUCCGGAGCUCAAGCAAGAAGAAGCAAGCAACUAGAUUCUUCACUGUUUGUGCUGGCUCGGAAUCUCUGAUCAGAAUGGGAAUAGAUUAUGAGAUGGAAGAUGAGGAAGCCCUGAUGGUCGCACAUGACAUGCUCCCAUUCUGCAUGCGUGCUAUGGCUGAUUCUUCUGUCGACACGGAGUCUCCUGACCUUGUUACAAGCAGGAAAAUAUUCACUCUGAGAUGGGAGAAUAUGUGCAAUGUGGUGGAGAUGGAGCUCUCACUCAUGUACGACGUCCUUUACACCAAGGCUACUGUCGUCCACACCUCAACUGGUUACGGCAUCCGUGUUGCCUCGCCGCUAGCCAUUGGUGCUGCAACAGUUCUCUUUGGAUGGUACUAUAACAAGGAAGGCCAGAGCAUAGCGGACGUGAUAAUCACCUACUCCUUGCUGUUAGCUACUCUCCUCCUGGAUACCAGAUGGCUGUUGAGGGCACUUGGGUCAACCUGGACGCACGCUUUCCUGCAGGCAAGCAGGCCAAGGCGAUGGCUUUACCAUGCUGUUUUGUGCUCCGGGAGAUGGCGCCGGCUCCGAUAUUUUGUUGUUUCUCUGGAUCUUGGCCGGUUACAUCUCACGGUGCGUCCAAGGUGUCCAAGCAGCUAUAGAAGGUGGUCUGGUAAAGUUGGGAAGUAUAACUUGCUGCAAGAGUGCACUCCGAAGACCAGUGCCUGCGGCAGAACUGUGAAGAAGAUUGGAUUGGAAGACGUUUGGAAAAAAUACCAGCACUCUAAAGGAAGUAAGCUUUCACAAGAUGUCAAGCGGGUGGUGUUCACACGAGUAAGUGAAGUACUCAGGGAAACAUACGAAAAGGCUAAGGGUGUCCGCUACACCAUGAAGGACAUCACAACGUCCUGGGGUCAGGUGACAGUCAAGAGGCGUCAUAAAGAACUGGAAGAACUCCGUUUGGCAUUUGGCCAUGAGUUCCAAGAGGACAUCCUUGUAUGGCACAUUGCUACCCAAGUUUUCCUUAUCCGCAGCCAUCAAUCACAGAUCAUCCAUGACAAGAAUGUAGCGACACAUGCCAAGGCGAUCAAGGAAUUGUCGGAGUACUUGAUGUUCCUCGUCGCCAUGCGCCCGGCCAUGCUACCUGGCCUUCCACUCCGCAGCCUGUAUGAAGAAGCCCUCAAGUGUUUGCAGGAACUAGACACUAGUGGCUCUAAUUCUAGUUCUGCAACAAGAGAGGAGAAGGUCGCCGAAAUCCUAGUCAACAGGAAAAAAUAUGAUUACAACUUGGGCUUUGGGCGCGAUAUAGCUGGUAUCGUCUAUGAUGGAGCUAAUAUUGCCAUUGAGCUGCUUACGGUUGAUGAGUCGAAGAUGCCAGAACUGUUGGAGCUCGUCUUCAACGUGUGGGUGGACAAGCUGCUGUAUGCGGCCACCAAGUGCAGCCCGGAAUCCCAUGCCAAGCAGCUGAGCCGUGGCGGUGACCUCACCACCAUCGUCUGGAUUAUGGCACAACAUGCUGGUCCGUUCCGGAUCGGUCACUGGGGUCCAGAUGCUGAUGAUGAUGAUGAGAUGCAACAAGAAAAGACGAAGCCAAAGGAAAAGAAGAAGCCAGAGGAAAAGAAGCCAGAGCCAAAGAAGAAGCCAGAGGAAAAGCCAAAGCCAAAGAAGGAGGAAAAGAAGCCAGAGGAAAAGAAGCCAGAUGAGAAAAUGGAACCGAUAGCUUCUCCAUGGGUGCCCGCCAGACCACCAGCAGCCCUGCCGACUCCUCCGAUGCCAGAAGACACCGAACCACCCAAACCCCCCCGCCGUGACAGGCGUAGAAAGUAUGCUACGCUGUACCCAGUGGACUGAUCGAAUAUCAAUCAUUUGGCGAUCGAAGUUGCAUUUCCACUAGUGCACGUAUGUUCAAUUCUCUCAACUAUGUACCUACUUCCUCCGAUGCUUGUUUUUUCGAUUUGUCGAGUUAUUUUUUUUUUUUCUUGAGAAUCCCUGCCGAGCUAUUUCUGGGCUCAGAA